ACUCUGGGUCCCCGCUGUCAGUUGUUGAGAGCGGUGACAGUUGAAAAUACUGUUCUCUUCUUAGCUGUGCGCUGAAUACAAUCGCCACGAUGUUUGAGGAGGCUAGUGAAGUGUUUGAUAACAUGUUUAAAUCCUCAUUUCCCCUUACCUUCAUUGUAUUUAUCCCCGCGGUGCUGAUCCUGGUGUCACCGUUGCCGGCCGAGGCGGCACAUGAGUUCACGGUAUACCGCAUGCAGCAGUACGACCUGCAGGGACAGCCGUACGGUACCAGGAAUGCCAUCCUGAACACUGAGGCCCGUACUGUGGAGGCAGAGGUACUAAGUCGUCGCUGUGUCAUCAUGCGGCUGGUAGACUUCUCCUAUGAAGAGUACCAGAAAGCCCUGCGCCAGUCAGCUGGGGCUGUGGUCAUCAUCCUGCCCAAGAACAUGUCUGCUGUGCCCCAGGACAUAGUGCAGCAGUUCAUGGAGCUGGAGCCGGAGAUGUUGGCCACUGAGACCAUCGUCCCCGUCUACUUUGCCAUGGAGGACGAUGAGCUGCUGUCCAUCUACACCCAAACCCUCACCUCCUCCUCCUCACAGGGCUCCUUAUCAGCAGCUGAAGUGCUGCUGCAUACGGCCACAGCCAACGGCUUCCAGAUGGUCACCAGUGGAGCUCAGAGUAAAGCCAUCAGUGACUGGGCCAUCACCAGUUUAGAGGGCCGUCUGGCUGGAGUCGGAGGAGAGGACCUGCCCACUAUUGUCAUGGUUGCUCACUACGACUCUUUUGGAGUCGCUCCAUGGCUGUCGUACGGAGCGGACUCAAACGGUAGUGGAGUGUCCAUGUUAUUAGAGCUGGCUCGUCUCUUCUCAAAACUUUACACCUACAAGAGGACACACGCGGGGUACAACCUGCUGUUCUUCGUGUCUGGUGGGGGGAAGUUUAACUACCAGGGCACCAAGCGUUGGCUGGAGGACAAUCUGGACCAUACAGACUCGAGCCUGCUGCAGGACAAUGUAGCCUUCGUGUUGUGUCUGGACACUCUGGGGAACGGAGACUCUCUGCACCUCCAUGUGUCCAAACCUCCUAAAGAGGGAACCCCUCAGUACGCUCUGCUCAGGGAGCUGGAGAUGGUGGUUGCCAGUCAGUACCCGGAGGUCAAGUUCUCCAUGGUGCACAAGAAAAUCAACCUGGCGGACGACAUGCUGGCCUGGGAGCACGAGCGCUUCGGGAUCCGCCGGCUGCCGGCCUUCACGUUGUCCCACCUGCCGUCCCACCGCCUGGCACAGCGCUCCAGCAUCAUGGACGUGCGGUCAGUGUCCCCCUCCUCUCGCCACGGAGCGGGAGAGCCCCCUGCUGGGCCUCACGUAGAUGUGAAGAAACUCAGCAGGAACACCAAAGUGGUAGCAGAGGCGCUGGCCAGGGUCAUCUACAACCUCACUGAGAAGGGGGCUCCAGGAGACCUGCAGAUUUUCACUGAACAAAUGCAGGUUCAGGAGGAGCAGUUAUCAGCGGUGGUGGACUGGCUCACGGCACAGCCCCGAGCCGCUCAGCUGGUGGACAAAGACAGCAGCGUGGUGUCCACUCUAGAGUAUCACCUCGGACACUACCUCAAGGAUGUCAAGAGACACUACGUCAAAGCUGACAAAAGGGAUCCAGAGUUUGUAUUCUACGACCAGCUGAAGCAGACUAUGAAUGCUUACAGAGUGAAGCCUGCUAUUUUUGACUUGUUGCUGGCCGUCUGCAUUGCAGCCUACUUAGGGAUGAUGUAUCUGGCUAUCCAGAACUUCGGAGUCCUUUACAGCGUUGUCCGCAGAAUCACCCAACCCAAGACGAAGGCCCAUUAAGGCGCAGAACACCAUGUUUUGUUUUUUUCCCAGACCCCACCCUUUUCCUCAAAUCAAGAAACUUUAGCCAGUAAGAACACAGAGGCUGGGCUGAGCUGCUGUUCUCGUGAAGGUUUUCAAACCAGCAGAAUCACUUCCAUUCCCUUCACCCUGAUCCACAAACUAAGAUGUCAGAACAUGUCCUGCUGCCAACUUAAUCCAUUUGGUCUGACGGGCCAGAAUAAUCAGGAAUCAUUUUUCACCCUCCCUGUCUUCAUGAACGCAGAAGUCUCUUCAUUCAUUUCUGAUAAUCAUUUGUGUCAUCAUUGUUUGACUCAUGUGAUGAAUGUGAAACAUCUGUCCACGCCUCUGAGAUCUAGAUGAGAUUGAGAGUUUGUGAUGUUGCUGUACCGCUGAUCGCUCUUCAUCCCCCCUCUCAGUAUACCGUGUGAGUGAUCGUUCCGCCAAACCGACGUCGUGUGUCGUCUCAGGCAGCUACAGGGAGAAACUGACCACACAGAGUUUAGCCCAGACUUUCUUUUGUUGAGAGAUGUGUUCACCAACCUUCCUUUUAAAGGAUAGGGGCGCAUUUUUUUCAGUCUGCCUUAAUACAAUACUCACAUUCCCACUAAAAGGAGUCAUCAGUCGCUGUCGUCAUCUUUCUGUACUGGCAAAAACACCUUCUGAUUGUUAGCUGAAGAGACAUUAACGAGAACAUCAGAAGAUACCCACUUGGCUCUGAUGCAUUAUUUUAGCUUCAGGUGACAUACAGAACUGAGUUUGUCUUCCACAUGCUCAGGGCUGCAAGUAAAUUUUAUUUUCAUGCUUGUUUUUUGAUUAAUCGAUUGAUCGCUUAGUCUAUGUACUGCUAAAUCACUUGCAUUCAAAUUGCAUUUUUCUGGCCUUAACACACAACAAUGUAAAACCUAGUAAGGCUACAAUAAAAACAGCAAAUGUUUGGCAUUUGUGCUUGGCAAAUGACUUUUUGAUCAUCAAAAUAUUUGCCAAUUGAAAAUUGACUUUUAAUCGGCAUUUCAGCCCUGCAUUUCUUACAGUGUAGUUGAGCCAGUAUGGAAACGAAGAGCAAUCGCGGUCAUCAAUAAUCUUCAGUGAGCGUGUGAGUAUUGUGACGGGACCGACUUGAAAACGAUUCUGAACUUAUCCUUUAAAAGCCCAGUGAAAAUGACUCCUAACACAAAUGUCCUUCACAGAUGAGUUGUCUGAGUAAAAUGUGAAGUAGUGUUUAGAAGAUCCUGACUCCAUUGCCUUGGUAGUGAAUUUAUUAAGAUAAACAGUUGAAAAAAAAAACAACAUCCUUGCCAAAUAAUUACGUAUGUCUUAAUCUUCCCCUUUCUCCCCAUUUAAUAUAUAAUUCUAGCAGAUUUAACCUUUUUCCCUUCUUCUUGUGUCACAUUUUUGUGUAGUCAAGGUUCGUCUCCUGUUGCUGUGAAACCUGGUGUGUCUUAUUUUUACCGCUCGUCUUUUUUUUUCUUUUUCUUUCUUUCAAAUCACGAGUUGAUUUUGCUGGUGAAGUACACUCAUCUGAAAGCUUAUCUGGAAAAAAAGGUCACAUGCAACAAACAUGUUUUUUCUCUGUCUAAUCAGAGCACAUGUGUGUUAAGUGUGUAAGAGUACAAUGUGCAACACUACAUGACAAGAUAAAAGUCCCCCCUUUACUCCUUUUUAUCAGUAGAAAACAUGUUGUGCUGAAUUUGACCUUUUGCUGACUGCACCAAUAAUGUGAUUUGACUUAAUCAGACAUUUUUAAAGCCUUGUUAAGAGUUUGGUCGAGCCAGCGCUGCAGUGUUAAUACGCUGGAUGUCUUAAAAUGGGCAAUAACACAAAGGGUGUUGGAUGAAAGGGGCAGAAUAUCUUAAACACACCUUGAAUAUGAAUUUCAGGAGACAUCGGGGUGUGUAAAAUGAACACUGCAGUGUUUCCUUGACAUCUCUUUGGCCUGGUCUUGCCUUGUUGUGGGUGAAUGGUGUUUAUUUGCUGUUUUGUAUUUUCAAUGUGUUACUGCAUGACCUGUGCCCCCCCACCCGUGAGGAAAAUACUGUGUGGUACAUACAAAUUUUUAAUUUAUUGAAGCAGUUAGUUUUCAUUUGUGCACUGAAAUGAACUCUCCUCUGGUCUGAACUCUGUUUCACCUCAUCCACAACACUUGAUCCUUGCAAUGAAAAUGAUAUCAGUUGUGAUUAAAAAAAUAAAUAAAUUUAUUAAAAGA